AUGGGGAGGCGUAGCUGGCGGCGGCGCCUGGUAGCGGCCGCGUGUCUGGGCGCUGCGCUCCUGCUUCUGUCGUGCGCGCACCGCGCCCUGAGCUCCGUGUUUGAAAACAGGACCCUGAGCUCUGGCUGGCUUGGUGGGAAAAGGAAAAGUCCCCUGCAGAAGCUGUACGACCUAGAUCAGGGCCCUCGCUCUCCAUUGGCCGAGCUGCACCGACAGCGCCGAGAUCUGCUGCGCAGCGCCUGUAAACGUCACACAAGGCGGCAGCGCCUCCUUCAGCCAGAGGAUCUGCGGCAUGUGCUGGUGGACGACACAAACGGCCUGCUCUACUGCUACGUGCCCAAGGUGGCUUGCACCAACUGGAAGCGCGUACUGCUGGCGCUGAGCGGUCGCGCACGCGGCGACCCGCGCGAUAUCCCAGCGCACGAGGCGCACGCUCCCGGCCUCCUGCCCUCGCUGGCAGAAUUCAGCCCCGCAGAGGUGAACCGGCGCCUGAAUGCUUACCUGACCUUCCUCUUUGUGCGCGACCCCUUCGAGCGGCUGGCGUCGGCCUACCGCAACAAGUUCGCGCGGCCCUACCACGCGGAAUUCCAGAGGCGUUUCGGCACGCGCAUCGUGCGCCGCUUGCGACCCCGCGCGCGCCCUGAAGCUCUGGCCCGCGGCCACGACGUGCGCUUCGCGGAGUUCCUAGCCUACUUACUGGACCCGCGCACGCGGCGCGAGGAGCCCUUCAACGAGCAUUGGGAGCGCGCCCAUGCGCUCUGCCACCCGUGCCGCCUGCGCUACGACGUGGUGGGCAAGUUCGAGACCUUGGCAGAGGAUGCCGCUUUUGUACUGGGCCUGGUGGGCGCGCCCGGCCUACGCUUCCCGGCACCACCCCCAGGAGCCCAGGCACCUGCCGCGCGCAAGCAGGCCACCCGUCUGUUUCAGGACAUCAGCCCUUUCUACCAGCGGCGUCUCUUCGACCUUUACAAGAUGGAUUUUCUGCUUUUUAAUUACUCCGCUCCUUCCUACCUGCGGCUGUACUAG